UAGUGGUGACGCAGACGACUCGUUACAGCUCUACAUAGAAGUUUCCAGACAGUUUCGGACACGUUCUUUCCGCCUUCGGAACGUUUGGCUUGUUUGACGCUGCGUUUGUUUGACAUCAACGAGGAAUGGUAGACGAGUUCACGUAUGAAGACGCGCUAACGUUCGCGUUCUUCUCAACUGAAGACAUUUCGUUGUUUAGAGAGACCGUUCCUUAUUCGAUUCCUACUCUAGAUGGCUCAAGAGAGAUUUUAGAGGUUGUUUCUGGUGUAUCUUCUACCCACACAUCUAGAGAUUUUUCCAGACUUGAGGUCAUACCAUACAACACUCUGAAGCAAGCAACUAAUGAUUUCAAUGAAUGGAAAAUUGACAAAGGAGGCAGUCUUAUUGCAGCCGGUAGUUGUGGCCAAGUGUUUCUAGGCAAUUGGCAAGACCAGCGAGUGGCAGUAAAAAGACUAAAGAAGCCCAAAGACGAACGUCUGUCGACUGUCCGUCUUUCAAAGAAGCAGUACCGGAACGAAGUGUUGGCAUUGACAAGGUGCCCUCCUCAUCCCAAUGUUGUUCGACUGCUUGGCAUUUCUGAUGAUGGACCGCGAAUGUGUUUAGUGUACGAACACGUCGACGGCAUGACAUUAGCUCAACAUUUGGCAAAGGAGAGCAGUGAACCUUUGAGUUGGAAUGAACGUCUUGAAGUGGCUCACGAUAUCGCUAAAGCUAUUCAUAACAUACACACGACGUCACAACGUCCUCUAAUCCAUCGAGACGUUAAGAGUGCUAACAUUCUGGUGUCAAGGGAUCAAAGAGUAAUACUGGCCGACUUUGGUCUGUCGUGCUUUGGAGAGCAUGGUGACAACAUGGAUGCAAGUUUUUGUGAUUCUAGUUCAAUGGUAGUGGGUACACGCAGUUAUAUGUCGCCCGAAGCAUUCAAAGGGAUAAAUAGUACACGAACGGACGUCUAUUCGUUUGGAGUGGUAUUAUUUGAAUUGUUAACAGGACUGCCUCCUUACUGUUCGAGCAAGAAAUGUGAUCUGGUGACAUGGUUGAUAGGAAUGGAAAGGGAAGGUGUAGACCUAAUGUCUAUGUGUGACCCACGAGCUGCCUGGCCGGAUCGGGUGUCACGUCUUCUUUUGGAUCUGGCAAAACGGUGCACCGACUUUGACAGCCACAGACGACCAUUUAUAAGAGAGGUUCUGCAGGAGUUGGACAGAGUCUCAUGAAUGGGCUUGGAAGGGAUUCUAGGAAUGUGUUUAAGGACAGGCAGGCUUGAAGAAGUCAUUGAAGGUCGUGGAAAUAUGCAGUAGCCAUUUGAAGACUGUCUACAGCAGUAGCAACUCUCUUAUGUUGUAAGCAUGACGCAUUUGUGGACUGUCGUCGUGUUGUAAGUAGUCUCGAGCUCGGUACUCCAGACCGAGUGUUGCUAUUUAACUAGUUUGCAGCUCUAGAAAAGGGACUCUGUAAGAGUCACGAGACUUGGCGAGUAGCGUACUCAGCCAAUCCUACGCGCGAAACUUUCAUGAGAGAGUUUUAUUACCAGAAUGGUGUAAUUCAUGUUUGCGAUUGUUAGGACUUGUCGGAAAUAAACAACAAAACUCAC